GCCCCACCAGUCAUGUGACCGUCUCAAAAUGGCGUCGUCUCUCAAGCCUGGGCAGCCGCUGUGCCGGUUCUUAUCGAGCCCCGAGGCGAGCGGCGUUCCCGAAGCGCUGAGGGUGGAGUUGGCGGCGGCCCUGGCCGAGGGCGGCCUUCCUUUCGCGCUCCUCCGGAAGCUCCAGCGGGCCUUGCGGGAGGAAGCCGCCCCGGCCGCCGGUUCUCCGGUGUAUCUUCAUGAACUGUUGGAAGGCAGUGAAAUCUUUCUCCCUGAAGUGACAAAACCACCCAGGAACCCAGAAUUAGUGGCCAGGCUGGAGAAGAUCAAAGCUAAGUUGGCAAAUGAGGAAUACAAGCAGAUGACAAGGAACAUCAGCUGCCAGGAGCUGAACCAACCUGGCACCCUGGCUGAUCUCGGGAGGCAAGUCAGGUCAGCCAAAGCGGUGACCGUCACCCUCAUCAACUUCCUCGUCACGGUGGGAGCCACCUUCGCCUGCGCCUUCCUGGGCAGCCAGUACAUCUUCACCGAGACGGCAGCGCGGGUGAUCGCGGCUGUGAUCGCGGCCUCCGUGGUGGGCCUGGCAGAGCUGUACGUGAUGGUGCGGACCAUGGAAGGGGAGCUGGGGCAGCUCUAGGCCAGGGCUGGGCUCCCAGAAGCCGCUUCCUUUGGCUCCUCCGGCGCUCCUCACCCCAGGGAGGUGGCGUCCAGACCCCCGACCUUCCACAGAUCCCCGAGAGGCCGCUCAGGAGGAAGGAGCCCUCCGCCAAGCAUGGACAGAGAUGCCGCUCUGCCUUCCCCAGCCCUGCUUCUACGCCAGGCGGGCCCCUGUCCACCAUCUGCACACAGGGGUCUCCCCUCCCCACAGCCGCCUAGGGCUUUCUCCUCGGGUGCUGGAGCUGGAAGAGGGGGUGGGGGGGCAGAAAAGCCAUUUCCCAGCUUGGGGCUGCUGGUUCCAUCGAUUGUGAGCGGGAGGGAGUUCUCACAGAGCGGCCGUCCACGAGGGAGCCCCUGCUUGGCCUCUUUGGGGGACUUUUGGGGGGGCAAGGGCCUUGCCUGCUCAGCUGGGCAGGAUAUCCCCACAACUUUGUGCUCCGGCUACCAAAUUCUGGUGCCGUGUGAUGACACUGGAUCUUUGUGGUGUGCAAUAAAAAGUAACUCGCAAAA